CAAGUCUUAUUCUCCAUAUUUAGUGUAUCCCUGUGGCAGAAUUACAGCGCCACAUACUGAUCUGGCAUGUAUACUACAUCGUUUUGAGUCGGUUUCAGUGGUUUCGUGUAUACGCAGAUAUUUCUUGAGACGAGAAAAAAAAAAAAAAAAAAAAAGAUCGGAUAGGGAAAGCUCUGUAUUUGUGUGGAUGUAGCCUUAGCUUGGAUAUGUCGUUUGAACAUAGGAACUUUUAGAGUACGGGUCAAGUUUCUGAGGAAAUAUUUUAUGGUUGCACUUAAACAACCCGCUGUUUAGGUCGAAGUGAUGUAGUUACGGAUUAUGUUAUAAUAAUUAAUUUCAUUGUUUUUAUAGUACAUUUUAAAUGAUUCCAGAAAAUACAUGCUAGAUGUGGUAAGACUAUUAUAGAAAUCAGUGGUUUUGAGUCGCUAUUAAUAAUUUUGUCAUGUAAGUUCUUCAUAUUUUUCUACGUUCACGGACAGUUAAAUUUAAAACAGUGCAAUGGAUGUGGCACACAUUCUUCAGAAGAUAAAAAUCGGAGACACAGUGGGCUCCUGCUCCGUGCUUGCUGCUUUGAGCCACAUUCACGAGCAGUUCGAGGUGGAGGACUCGCAUGAGAAUCGCAAGCGCAUCUUGGAAAACACAACAGAGCUUCUCGCAAACGCUCCUCUUUCUUGGCUCUUUCCUGAACUGAACACUGAUAUACGAGGCCAGUAUUUGGGCUUAGUGAACUCAUUUACCCGUUACGCUGCCCUACCAGUAUGUGACACAGACAGCGGCACUUUACCUGCUAAGAAUUACGAGGACAUACCGGCCAAAGCUCAGGCUGUUAGUACUGUGUUACUUGUGUUGUCUCUGCAGAUUCAGAAAGCACUGGAGGAUCAAAACAGUCCAGUUAUCAGGUCUCUCGGUCGCACACUAGCCCCCACCUACUGUAUAUUCUCCAUUACACAUUUGCAGGAGCAGCCUUGGACCAGUGCAGCCUCCAGAAAAAGAGCUCGGAAACUCUUAACAUCAGCUGUGGAAUUGACAGGCAGCAGGUCAGUGCAGGAGCUGCUGUCUGGAAAACUUGAUGACGACCAGAAAGGAGUUCUGGGGCCAGUCCUUGACACACUGAAGCCAGAAUUAACCAAGGAGAGCUGGAAGCGUAACCAGGCAGUGAAGCAUGUGUUCUCCUGGGUGCUGGUUCAGGUUGGACAACCCUGGUUAACUGAGUAUUUGGAGAAGGUGUUUCCACCGUCUUUGCUUAUAUCCGAUGAUUAUCGCACAGAAAACAAAGUAUUGGGUGUGCACUGCCUGCAUCACAUUGUUCUCAAUGUGCCAGCUGCUGAUCUGAGGCAGUUCAACAGAGCGCAGGUGCUCUAUCAUGCUGUAUUCAAUCACUUAUACACAUCUGAGGCUUCGCUUAUACAGGUUGUGCUGCCCUGCCUUAUAGAUUUGCUGUCAGUCCUUGAGAAACCUCCAGCCCUUGCAGGUAUACCACGUAAACCAAAUCGCUUUGACGAUAUGCUCCGGCACAUCUUGAGAUACAUGGAAAUGGAGCAGAAGCUUGACCUUCGUCGUGUAUAUGCCAAAAAUCUUGUCUUACUUAUUGAGAGGAUGGGUAUAGUAAUUAUUCGUCACCUGAAAAGGCUGGAGAGGGUGAUUGUAGGAUACUUGGAGGUGUCAGAUGCUCCAGAGGAAAAAUGCAGACUGAGUAUCCUGGAUGCUCUGCAAAAGACAAUACAGAUUGCUUGGCCAUGUAUGGAGAAGAGAAUGGGUUUGCUAACUCAGAGUCUUCUGAGGUUUCUGGUUGACAUCUCAUCAGACUCAUUACACACUCAGCUGAAAGAGCACCUCCUGACCGAAGCAUCCUACUGUUUACUGCUGCUCAACCACUGCUCAAAGGGAAAACUACAGACUCUUCUGAGAGAGGUAGACAGCAGUUGUGUCCCUGACCCUGUGUUGAUGUGUAUCCAGAAAGUUACGGCAGCACCACUGUGUCAAUAACCUGUGAGACUACUUUCCACAUUUCCCAUUGAUGGAGAUGAAGUUGGCUGAGUAGAAUCUGAUUGUGAUCAGUUCACUUCAUGCUAUGACUGUAAUACACUCUUUGUGUGGACUAUCCAAGGGAACUGUUUAUACAUAUCUCAGAGAGAGCAAGAGAUAAAUAAAAUAAGGAUAAUACAACCUGA